AUACUAAUUUGCUCACUUUUAUGGUACCCGAGUAUUUUACUCACCGGGUGAAAGAGGGAUUUUUGGCACUUUGGCCUAUCAUUAAUGAUUCAGUGUGACGUAAAUAAUUUUGUUUAUUAAAAUGGAGAGCAAUUGGAAAUUUUCAAAUAGCUUCCUCAGCAAAUUCAAACGUUAACCUUUGGAGAGGGUAAUUUACCCAUUAUUCUAAGUAUCGCGUAAUUGCUUGGAAAAUGUUGCUGCUUUAGCACUCGUCUUGUUGCUGUUGGACUCAUCACUUGUCUUGUAUCUGCAAAGCUAAUUUGUUUGGUUAGACGUAUUGACCUGUUCAUACUUUCCUUCUCCCAACGAAUCUUUCCAGAUGGAUCACCUAAACUGCCCAUACACAGAGAAUUGACACAGGCGCAAAUACAAAGUGUUUUUGAAUUUCAGAGGCCAGAGACUACUCACUACACCUUCAUCGAUUUAGCUUGAUAAUAUUGUUGGGAGAGCGAGAGACAGGGGAUUGUGCAUACAGGUUGCCGAUCCAUUGCCCAAAACUGAAGAGAGAGAAAGAUCAAUCUGACCUUCCUGUAUUUGAUAGGCUGGAAAGACACGGGACAACUGUAUCUCAAAUGGAGAGUGAGGCAACUCCAAGUAAGAGCAGAACUGUACCAGUAAUAGACACCAAGGCAGAUGCAGAUAGUGCUUCGCACUCUUCAUCCACAUCACUUCCGGGAGGCGAAUACCAAGUCUUCUUGAGUUUUAGUGAUCCAGACACUCGCUACGGUUUCACCGAUUACCUCUACAAUUCUCUCACUCAAAAUGGAGUUCGCACCUUUCGAGGCGAGAUUGACAGAGGAGAAGAGAUCAAUAAAAUCAUCAACAAAGCAAUCAGGGAAUCAAGGAUCUCAAUUCCUAUCUUCUCCAGAAACUAUGCUUCCUGUAAAAGGUGCCUUAUGGAGCUAGAGCUGAUGGUGGAGUCCCAACAAUUGAUUUUACCCAUCUUCUAUGAUGUCUCACCCUCCGAAGUGAAACAUCAAUCUGGGAGUUACGGUAAGGCCUUCAAGGAGCACGAGAAAUCUGGGUUGGGAUCUGAAACUAUUUUGAAAUGGAAGAAUGCACUGAAGAAGGUUGGAAAUCUCGCGGGUUGGUAUCUGAAAAGAGACGCUGAUGGGAAUGCAGGACAACUAAUAACAGAGAAGAUUGUUCCAGCAGUGCUGUCAGAGUUGUUUAAAUUCAUGUAUGAAACUAGAAACUUGGUUGGAAUGGAUCAUCACGAAAAUGCUAUGAUGAAUCUAUUACAGAGAACCUCUGACGACGUUCAAAUUGUUGGUAUCCACGGCAUGGUUGGUAUUGGCAAGACAACUGUUGCCAAAUUCAUCUACAACAAACUCUUGAAGGACUUUGACUGUUGUAGUUUCCUUGCAAAUGUUCAAAUGGAACAAGAACUCCACGGUACUCUCGUUAGUUUGCAAAACCAGCUUCUCUCUGACACACUAAAUUGGAGCCCUGGGAUUGCCAAUGUUGACAUCGGAAUAACCACUAUUAAGCAAAGACUUCGUAACAAGAAAGUUCUCAUUGUUCUUGAUGACGUGAAUUCCAUUUCACAAUUUCAUUGUCUUGUAGGAGAGCCUGGUUGCUUUGGUAAAGGAAGUAAGAUUAUAGUUUCAACCAAAAAUAAAGGUGUUUUAAAUGACCUUGAAGUUGAAUGGACUUACGAAAUCCCAAUUAUGAAUGCUGUGCAAUCGCUUCAACUAUUCAGCAAGCAUGCCUUCGACAAGGAAUUUCCUCCAGAAGAAUAUGUUAGAAUCUCUAGAAAGAUUGCAUCCUUUGCUGGAGGCCUUCCCCUAGCUCUCAAAACUGUAGGUUCGUCUCUAUUUGGGGUAAAGGAUCUAGAGAAAUGGGAAGCUGCAUCAAAGAGGUUUGAAGACAUGCAAAAUGAUGAUGUAGAUUAUGAAGCAUUAAUAGACACCGAGGCAGAUGCAGGAGGCAAAUACAAAGUCUUCUUGAGUUUUAGUGGUCCAGACACUCGCUACGGCUUCACCGAUUACCUCUACAAUUCUCUCACUAAAAAUGGAGUUCGCACCUUUCGAGACCAUAUUGAUCUCCGCAGAGGAGAACAGAUCAACAAAGCAAUCAGGGAAUCAAGGAUCUCAAUUCCUAUAUUCUCCAGAAACUAUGCUUCCAGUAAAAGGUGCCUUAUGGAGCUAGAGCUGAUGCUGGAGUUCCAACAAUUGAUUUUACCCAUCUUCUAUGAUGUCUCACCCUCCGAAGUGAAACAUCAAACUGGGAGUUACGGUAAGGCCUUCAAGGAGCACGAGAAAUCUGGGUUGGGAUCUGAAACUAUUGUGAAAUGGAAGAAUGCACUGAGGGAGGUUGGAAAUAUCACGGGUUGGUGCUGGGAUCUGAAGAGAGACGCUGAUGGGAAUGAAGGACAACUAAUAACAGAGGAGAUUGUUCCAGCAGUGCUGUCAAUGUUGUUUAAAUUCAUGGAUGUAACUAGAAACUUGGUUGGAAUGGAUCAUCACGAAAAUGAAAUGAAGAAUCUAUUACAGAGCGCCUCUGACGAUGUUCAAAUUGUUGGUAUCCAUGGCAUGAAUGGUAUUGGCAAGACAACUGUUGCCAAAUUCAUCUACAAUAAACUCUUGGAGGAGGACUUUGAUUGUUGUAGUUUCGUUGCAGAUGUUCAAAUGGAACAAGAACGCCACGGUACUCUUGUUUGUUUGCAAAACCAGCUUCUCUCUGACACACUAAAUUGGCGCCCUGGGAUUGCCAAUGUUGACAGCGGAAUAACCAUUAUUAAGCAAAAAUUUCGUUACAAGAAAGCUCUCAUUGUUCUUGAUGACGUGAAUUCCAUUUCACAAUUUCAUUGUCUUGUGGGAGAGCCUGGUUGCUUUGGUAAUGGAAGUAAGAUCAUAGUUACAACCAAAAAUAAAGGUGUUUUAAAUGCCCUUAAAGUUGAAUGGACUUAUGAAAUCCCAAUUAUGAAUGAUGUGCAAUCUCUUCAACUAUUCUGCAAGCAUGCCUUCCACAUGGACUUUCCUCCAGACGAAUAUGAUAGAAUCUCUAGAAAGAUUGCAUCCUUUGCUGGAGGCCUUCCCCUAGCUCUUGAAUGUGUAGGUUCGUCUCUAUUUGGGGUGAAGGAUCUAGAGAAAUGGGAAGUUGCAUCAAAGAGGUUCGAAGAAAUGUCAAAGCAUGACGUUCGGAAAAAGUUGAGAGUAGAUUAUGAUGCAUUAAAUAGCAUGCAACAGCAGAUAUUUCUCGAUAUUGCAUGUCUUUUUGUUGGAAUGGAUAAAACAACUCUAUUUUACAUGUGGGAUGAUUGUGGCUAUUAUCCAAAGAUAGAAUUUAAUGAUCUUUAUCUCAAGUCUCUUGUGAAAGUGGGAGAUGCUAAUGAGUUGUGGAUGCACAAUCAGCUUAUUGCUCUUGGGAAGAAAAUUGUUAAUGAUGAAAAUUUCUUGGGAAACCGUAGUAGGUUGUGGAAACAUGAGGAAGCCCUAAGUUUGUUGAAGAAACGGAUGGGAACUGAACAGGUUGAGGCCUUAAGUCUUUGCUUUAAAUUGGAGUCUGAAGAGAAGCCGCCUUGCUUUGGAAGUGAGCAAUUCACUAGACUAGUAAAUCUAAGGUAUCUCCGAGUGGAUGGCGCAGACCUUGUUGGGGAUUUUAAACGUGUUUUGUUGUCCUUGAGAUGGCUUAGUUGGCGUGGUUGCCCUCCGGAUUUCAAACCAACUAAUUUUCAUAUGAAAAAUCUAGUCAUUCUUGAUCUAUCAAAGAGUGACAUCACAGAGGAAUGGGGGGGUUGGAAACAAAUCCAGAUGGCCAAAAAGUUAAAAGUUCUACAAGUGUCUAAUUGUGCUUUAACGAGAACUCCUAACUUUUCAUCAGAUACGCCUUUGGAGAUAUUGAUUCUUCGAGGCUGUGGAAAAUUAGAAAAUAUUGACCCUUCCAUUGGCAAUCUAAAGAAUUUGAAAAAGCUCGACCUUUCAUAUACUGAUAUACGGAAGUUACCAGAUGAAAUUUGGAUGUUGGAGAUGUUGGAAGUGAUGGAUUUCACAAACUGUAGUAUGCUGGACGCGGACAUACCUAGUAAGAUGGGAAGAUUUUUGUCUUUGAGAUCCUUGAGCUUUUAUCGUUCCAGAAUUCGAAGCCUGCCAGCUAACAUUUCGGGACUCACUCAACUCCAAACCCUUAACAUUGGAGGCUGCACAGAGCUUCAUCCGCAGCCAGACCUUCCCUCAAGUUUAAGGAUUCUGAAUGUCGGAUAUAUCCCUAACCUUACAAGUCUGGUUAAUGUACAGGAAUUGGAGUUGUUUAGGUGCCAUAAUCUUAAGGGGAUGCUCGGAGAUAUUGGGAAAUUAUCCAAAUUGGAGAAACUGAGGUUGCGUCAUACCAAAAUUGGGUCCCUACCAGAAGAUAUCGGUCUCCUUUCUCAGCUGAAAGCGCUUGAUCUAAAGUUCUGUGACCAUCUCCAAUGUAUACCAGUGCUACCCUCAAGUCUAGUUGAUUUAUCUCUAGCAUAUUGUCGGUCAUUGGUUACGUUGCCAGAUCUAUCAAAUUUGAAAAUUUUGACUAGUUUGUACAUAAAUGACUGUCCGGAGCUACCUAGUAAAAACUUGCUUGAUUUGUCAAGCUUAAAGAAGUUGGAAAUAUUAUAUAUUAGAAAUUGUUCGAGACUUGAUAAGAUCCGAGGGCUUGAAGGAUUGGAAUCACUGAAAUUUUUGGAUUUGAUUGGUUAUGAGAAUGAGAACUUGCGUGAGAUUGAGGGGCUUGGGGCUUUAAAAUCUUUGGAAGUUUUGAACCUGUCAUGUUGGAAGAACUUGUGUUGGAUUGAGAUUGUGGGCAUAAAAUCUUUGGAAGUAUUGAACGUGUCAAGUAAUGAGAAAUUGCGUGAGAUUAUGGGCCUUGAGGAUUUAAAUUUUUUGAAAGUAUUGGACAUGUCAGGUUGCGGGAACUUGCGUGAGAUUGCCGGCCUUCAAGGUUUAAAAUCUUUGGAAGAAUUGAACGUGUCACGUUGUAUGGAAUUGCAUAUGAUUGAGGGCCUUGAAGAUUUAAAAUUUUUGAAAGUAUUGGACAUGUCAGGUUGCGAGAACUUGCGUAAGAUUGCCGGCCUUCAGGGUUUAAAAUCUUUGGAAGAAUUGAACGUGUCACAUUGUAUGGAAUUGCAUAUGAUUGAAGACCUUGAGGAUUUAAAAUUUUUGAAAGUAUUGAACAUGUCGGGUUGCGAGAGCUUGCGUUGGAUUGCCGGCCUGCAGGGUUUAAAAUAUUUGGAAGAAUUGAACAUGUCACGAUGUAUAAAAGUGCAUACAAUUAAGGGCCUUGAGGAUUUAAGAUCUUUGAAAAUAUUGAACAUGUCAAGUUGCGAGAGCUUGAAUGAAAUUGCCGACCUUCAGGGUUUAAAAUCUUUGGAAGAAUUGAACGUGUCAUGUUGUAUAAAAUUGGGUAUGAUUAAGGGCCUUGAGGAUUUAAAAUCAUUGAAAGUAUUGGACGUGUCAGGUUGCAAGAACUUGUAUUUGACUGCCGGCCUUCAGGCUUUAAAAUCUUUGGAAAAAUUGAACGUGUCACGCUGUAUGAAAUUCCGUAUGUUUAAGGGCCUUGAGGAUUUAAGAUCUUUGAAAAUAUUGGACAUGUCAAGUUGCAACAGCUUGUAUGAGAUUGCCCGCCUUCACGGUUUAAAAUCUUUGGAAGUAUUGAACGUGUCAGGUUGUAUGACAUUGCGUACGAUUGAGGGCCUUCAGGAUUUAAAAUCUCUGGAAGUAUUGGAUGUGUCAGGUUGCGAGAACUUGUGUGAGAUUGAGGGCCUUCAAGCUUUAAAAUCUUUGAAAGUAUUGGACGUGUCAGGUUGCAAGAACUUUUGUGAGAUUGAGGGCCUUCCAGCUUUAAAAUCUUUGAAAGAAUUGAACGUGUCAGGUUGCGAGAACUUGCAUGAUAUUGAAGGCCUUCAGGAUUUAAAAUCUUUGGAAGUAUUGAACGUGACAGGUUGCGAGAACUUGCGUGGGAUUGAGGGCCUUGAGGCUUUAAAAUCUUUGAAAGUAUUGCGUAAGAUUGAGGGCCUUGAGGCUUUAAAAUCUUUGAAGUAUUGAACAUGUCAAAGUACACCUCAUUGAAACCAAUACCAGAUCUGCCAUACACAACAUAUUCCAUGACCCAAGAAUGAGAUCGAUGCUGCUGAUUCAGUGUACAGGUCAUGGCAAGGAUAUAGUAGACGACGCAUCUCCACAAAUGUAGUUGUAGGUGAAGUACUCUGGUUUUUGUAUCAAUGCUUACUCCAAUGAUGAUUGUUUUGUAAAGUGACUUGAUUUGUCAACAUGAUCGAAAGGCAUUGUAAUUAUGUCCACAAAAGCCUCAACCUUGUAACUUUAUUCUUUUGGGGCUCAUUCAUGUAUAUUUUGGGAAGUGUAUAUAUUUAUGAUGGUGUCAUUUUGUUUAUUGAUAAUGAUGAAUGAUUAAGGAGGACGUAGAUUUGGACUUAUGUAUCUAAUUUGAUUAAUUUUGUAUAAAUGAAUGCAUGUAAA